GGCGGCGGAGCGCGCGGCGCGGCCAUGGACCGGCCUCUGGCGGCGUCGGCGGAGGCGGAGGAGGAACUGGAGUGGCAAGUGGCGAGCCGGCGGAGGAAGGCCUGGGCCAAGUGCCGCGGCUCCUGGCAGGCGUCGGAGACGGAGGACCUGUCGGCGGAGGCGACGACGCAGGAGGAGGACGAGGACGACGACGAGGACCUCCCGGGCGCGCAGCUGCGGGCGGCCGCCGGGAGAGGGAACGUGCCCAACGAGAAGAUCGCGAUAUGGCUCAAGGACUGCCGUACCCCUUUGGGAGCCUCACUGGAUGAGCAAAGCAGUAAUACACUCAAGGGUGUACUUGUGAGAAAUGGAGGCAGUUUUGAAGAUGAUUUGUCAUUGGGAGCUGAAGCCAACCACCUCCAUGAAACGGAUACUCAAAUUGAAAACUGCAAUAAUAUCUUGGCCAAAGAGAGAAGACUGCAGUUUCAUCAGAAAGGGAGAAGUAUGAAUUCCACUGGAUCAGGGAAAAGUAGUGGGACAGUUUCAAGUGUUUCAGAAUUGUUGGAACUUUAUGAGGAAGAUCCUGAAGAAAUCCUUUAUAAUCUUGGAUUUGGACGAGAUGAACCAGAUAUUGCUUCUAAAAUUCCCUCCAGAUUUUUUAACUCAUCAUCAUUUGCUAGAGGGAUAGAUAUUAAAGUAUUUUUGAGUGCUCAGAUGCAACGGAUGGAAGUAGAAAACCCAAAUUAUGCUUUAACAAGCCGUUUUCGUCAAAUUGAAGUGCUUACUACUGUGGCCAAUGCAUUUUCUUCUUUAUAUUCUCAAGUCUCUGGAACUCCCCUCCAGAGAAUCGGAAGUAUGUCCUCAGUGACUUCCAACAAGGAAACAGACUCACCUCCGCCUUUAACCCGAAGUAACACUGCAAACCGUUUAAUGAAAACACUAUCAAAACUAAAUUUAUGCGUUGAUAAAACAGAGAGAGGAGAAGGUAGUUCUCCUUCCUCAGCAAUUGAAAAAGGAAAGAUUCCAAAUGUUUCAGUGAUGGAAGAAAGCGGCAGUAAAAAUGAUCAAAAGUCUCAAAAAAUUGUAAAGAAGAAAGACUCCUCUUCUAUGUUGGCUACAGUUAAAGAAGAAGUAUCAGGGAGUUCAGCAACUGUUAUGGAGAGUGCUGGACUUUGUGAUGAAGCAAAUAGUGAUUUUAACCAAAAAACUGAAAGUGAGCAAAGUAAAGAAACUCAAAAUCAUGAGAUGAAACUGGGUGAGGAAUCUGGUAUUCUAGAAUCUGAUUUAGGUAACGAUUUUAACACUCCUAGUCACAGUGAGCCAGAAAACGGCAAUGUGAUGAAAAGUAUCCAUGUGUCCACACCUGAAAAAGAGCCGUGUGCACCGCUGACAAUCCCAUCCAUAAGAAAUAUAAUGGCGCAGCAGAAGGACUCCUUCGAAAUGGAAGAGGUUCAAAGUACAGAGGGAGAAGCUCCUCACGUUCCAGCGGCAUACCAGCUAGGUCUUACCAAGUCAAAAAGAGAUCACCUGUUACGUACUGCAAGUCAGCACUCUGAUAGCAGUGGUUUUGCUGAAGAUUCGACAGAUUGCCUCUCCCUUAAUCAUCUUCAGGUUCCUGAGUCCUUGCAAGCCAUGGGGAGUAGUGCUGACAGCUGUGACAGCGAGACCACCGUCACAUCUUUUGGUGAAGAGCUUGUCACACCGACAGCACAAGACCAGCCUUAUUUUAAUGAAUCCGAGGAGGAGUCUCUUAGCCCUCUUCCAAAGGGCAGGGACAAGGGCAGGGAGCAGGCGGCACCGGCUGCUGCCAAGAGGUCAGACAGCCAGGAUUCCCCGCGGCGCGAGCCUGCGGCCCAGGCAGGGAGCACGCAGUCCACCUGUGGCGCAGGCGACCACACUUCUGAAGUCACUGAAGCGGGACAGGGUUUGCCUCCGGCACAGCCAGCGGACCUGCCACGGGAAGCCAGUGCCGAAAGCGAUGUGGAUAAAAGCAGUGAAUGUGAAUUUGCCCACUACACCACACACCACAUUCUGAAGUCACUGGCUUCGAUUGAGGCUGGGCACGGGGAGAAGGGCUCUGAAAGUGCACCCGGGCCCCCCUCGUCCGCAGACAGAGUGAACACAGCUUUGCAGCGAGCUCAGAUGAAGGUCUGCAGUCUGUCUCAUCAAAGAGUGGGGCGCAGCCUGAUAAAGUCCAAGGAUCUGUUGAAGCAGAGGUACUUCUUUGCGAAAGCCGGCUACCCUCUGAGGAGGUCUCAGUCUUUACCAACCACUCUGUUGAGCCCAGUAAGAGUUGUAUCCUCUGUCAACGUCCGGCUGUCCCCAGGAAAGGAGACCAGGUGCAGUCCCCCCUCCUUCACCUACAAGUACACACCUGAAGAGGAGCAGGAGUUAGGAAAGGAGGUGGCCGAGCCUGAUGGCCAGUCCUUAGUCAAAUCCACUAUUUUCAUCUCCCCGUCAUCUGCGAGGAAGGAGGCAGCGUGUCCGAGCGAGCUGACCCGCUUGGAGGAGUGCCGUCCCCGAAGGACUCCGGCCCCCGCGUCCCAGUCCACCUGUUCCCUGCACUCCGUGCGCUCCGAGUGGCCGGAGAGGCCCCUGUGCGAGCACACGCGGACUCUGAGCACUCACAGUGUUCCCAGCGUGUCUGGCGCCGCCUGCAGUGCCUUCGCCGCCCCUUUCGGGUGUCCUCACUCGCACAGACCCGCUGCCUACCCCUACCGGGCGUGCCCCGUGAACCCCCCUUCCGCCGUCGAAAUGCAGCUGCGAAGAGUACUGCACGAUAUUAGAAACUCGCUGCAGAAUCUUUCACAGUACCCUAUGACGAGAGGAUCUGAUCUUGCUGCUGCUCCAUAUAGUACCCAGAAAUCAUCUGUUCUACCUCUAUAUGAAAAUACUUUUCAGGAGCUCCAGGUAAUGAGGCGGAGCCUGAAUUUAUUUAGAACGCAAAUGAUGGAUUUAGAGUUGGCAAUGCUGCGUCAGCAAACCAUGGUUUAUCAUCAUAUGACCGAGGAGGAAAGGUAUGAAGUGGAUCAGCUUCAGAGUUUGAGAAAUUCUGUGCGAAUGGAACUUCAAGACCUGGAACUGCAGCUGGAGGAGCGCCUGCUGGCCCUGGAGGAGCAGUUCCGUGUCGUGCGCAUGCCUUCUCCCUUCCGUUCCUCAGCUCUUAUGGGAAUGUGUGGCAGUAGGAGCGCUGAUAACUUGUCAUGCCCUUCUCCAUUGAAUGUAAUGGAACCAGUCACUGAACUCAUGCGGGAACAGUCCUAUCUGAAGUCCGAAUUGGGCAUGGGACUUGGAGAAAUGGGAUUUGAAAUUCCUCCUGGAGAAAGCUCAGAAUCGGUUUUCUCCCAAGCGACAUCAGAGUCCUCUUCAGUAUGUUCUGGUCCCUCCCAUGCUAAUAGAAGAACUGGAGUACCUUCUAGUGAUUUAGUGGGCAAACCUAAGACUCAUUUGGUACCAAGCAAGAAAGUAUUCCGAGCAUCAGUGGCCCUGACACCCACUGCUCCUUCUAGAACGGGCUCUGUGCAGACACCUCCAGAUGUGGAAAGCUCUGAGGAAGUUGGAGCAGCUGAAGAAGCCUCGGAAUUUGUAGGACCCAAAUCUGAAGUGGAAGAAGGGAAUGGAAAAGUCCCAUUAAUGACAGCUGCUGAGGAAAUGCAUAAAAAUGUGGAGCAAGAUGAGUUGCAGCAAGUCAUACGGGAGAUUAAGGAGUCUAUUGUUGGCGAAAUCAGACGGGAAAUUGUAAGUGGACUUUUGGCAGCAGUAUCUUCAAGUAAAGCAUCUAAUUCUAAGCAAGACAGUCAUUAAAUGGGAUUUCUAGGUUGGUAUGGAUCUUAUUGGCUAUGCGGUGUUGGAGUUACCAAUGACAUACACUGGUGGAGGUGUUAUUUGUGCUUCAGAAGAUACUUGCUGCUGAGCUGGGCUACUGUAUACCGUGUACAAUGUUUAUUUCUUCUAUGCAUAUCUUUUUAAAAAACAUACAUAGAAACUUAGGCACUUUGCUGACUGUAUUUCUUUUCUAAACUACCAAAACUGUAGCCAUUUGAAAAGCCUAAUAUUUAUUUGUAUGUCAAUAUUUUCCAAUUCAUUCCCUACAUAGAAUUAAUUUUAAAACUUGAAAACGUCCAGACUUAACCAACUUAUAAAUAACAUAUUUCUUCAGACUAGCUUCUUAAAACACUGACCUCUAUGAGGUAUUUACUGUGCAAUAACUGAUUCAUUUUUUGAGAGCUUGAAGCAACCAAUGAUUUUCCCUCCACUGCUGUUAAUUAGUGUCACUUCCAAGAAGAAAAAUUGUUCUGUUGUAAAAAUUGCUCUUAAUUCUUGAGGAGGUUUACUAAUAGCAGUAGGAUAGAAUUGUAUGAGGUUACCUACAACUACUUAAUGUUCUUACACUGUAAGCAUUGUUACUUUACCAAGAUAAAUGUAAUUUUAUUAUAGCUUAUUUUUCUUUUGGAAACAUGCCUUACAUUAAACACUAUACUUUUUGCGUUGUCCAGACUUCUUAUAUUAUAAGGAGAUGUUUCUUCUUCUGUCUUUUAGACUGAAUAGUAGAGUAUUGCCAAAAUAAUGGGACCUCUGACUUGAAUGGAUAGAAAUGAAUAAGCUGGUUUUGGUUUUCAAAAUGGAAGUAAUCUAGAUUUGUUCUCCUCACAAUAAAUGGUUUUAAAUCAGUUUUAACUAGUGAGAACUGUUUGUUUGCAGGGGGGAAGAAAAGGAAGGUGGUUUCCUGUUGGUUUGUAUGUAUUAAAUGUGUAAAGUAACAACCAAAUUUAUUAGAAUUAUUCCUUUAGCAUUUAUGAUUUUCAACUCUUAUUAUAUUUCUUUGUGUGAAAUUUUAAUCAAAAGUGGUUGAGAUGUUCUUUGAAAGAACAUCUAAAAGGUUUAUAAAUGUUUGAAUUAUCACACAAAGGCUGAUUUCUAAAAAUAAAACAAUAAAGUAUUUAUUUUGCCUAA